CAGCUUUCAGAAGGUACCAUGGGUGGAAAAUGAAGCUGCUACCUACUCGUAAUCUCUCUACUAUAUUACAUCACUCGACCAAUGUGUUAUGCAAAUCAAGUCUCACGCACAGCGCAACUUUUGCUAGCCUGUCAAUCAUCCAAUAUCAUCGGCCGUACGUCCAUCAGCUCGGAGAAGACCGUCCAUCAAUCGUUAUCAACCAGUGCUACGAAGAUGAGUUCCUCCGACGACCUCGCCGGUGGAAAGAAGACUUCGUGGCCGGAGGUGGUGGGGCUGAGCAUCAAGGAGGCCAAGGAGAUCAUCCUGAAGGACAAGCCCGACGCCGACAUUGUCAUGGUGCCGGUCGGCUCCGCCGUGACCGAGGACUUGAGGCCCAACCGUGUCCGCAUCUUCGUGGGCACCGUCGCCGAGACCCCCCACGUUGUAUAGGUGGAUAGCUCUUGCUGGCUUGCUGUGGCCUGCAUACAUACAUGCUGGCUCACGAAUAAAUGAAUAUGGAGAAAUAAAGAAGUAUGCAAGUCAUGUGUGCUUAAUCGGUCCUUAAAGUGUGCUUAAUCGGUGUUGUGGCAAUUUUUAUUUUAUUUUAACUCGUUUUGCCAAUUUGUAUCGAACUAUGUAUUUGAUGGCUACUUCGUAUAAUAAUAUGGAUGCAUGCAUCAUUUUAAUGCA